CCGCCUGCACAGGCCCGGACCGGGCUUUGUCCGCCCUGGAGCCCCUGCCUGCGCCGCGGAGACCCCGGAGCCGGCGCUCCGAGGCCACCGCGGGCCGGGAUUUCCCGUGGGGCCCGCGGAGCUGCGCAGAGGGAGGAGGCCCCAGGCCCGGGCGCCCCGCCAGCCCAGCUGCAAGUAAGCAGACACUGCAGGAGCUGAAGAUGGCGAGCUCCGUGGCACCCUACGAGCAGCUGGUACGGCAGGUGGAGGCCUUGAAGGCUGAGAACAGUCACCUGAGGCAGGAGCUACGGGACAACUCCAGCCACCUGUCCAAGCUGGAGACAGAGACGUCAGGCAUGAAGGAGGUCCUGAAGCACCUACAGGGAAAACUGGAGCAGGAGGCCCGAGUGCUGGUGUCCUCGGGGCAGACGGAGGUGCUGGAGCAGUUGAAGGCCCUGCAGAUGGACAUCACCAGCCUGUACAACCUCAAGUUCCAGCCGCCCGCCCUGGGCCCGGAACCUGCCUCCCGGACCCCUGAGGGCAGCCCGGUACACGGCUCCGGGCCUUCCAAGGACAGCUUUGGGGAGCUGAGCCGGGCCACCAUCCGGCUGCUGGAGGAACUGGACCGGGAACGGUGUUUCCUGCUGAAUGAGAUUGAGAAGGAGGAGAAGGAGAAGCUCUGGUACUACUCUCAGCUGCAGGGCCUGUCCAAGCGCCUGGACGAACUGCCGCACGUGGAGACGCAGUUCUCGAUGCAGAUGGACCUGAUCCGGCAGCAACUUGAGUUCGAGGCCCAGCACAUCCGCUCGCUGAUGGAGGAGCGCUUCGGCACCUCGGACGAGAUGGUGCAGCGGGCACAGAUCCGCGCCUCGCGCCUGGAGCAGAUUGACAAGGAGCUGCUGGAGGCGCAGGACCGAGUGCAGCAGACAGAGCCCCAGGCCUUGCUGGCGGUGAAGUCAGUGCCGGUGGACGAGGACCCGGAGACAGAGGUCCCCACACACCCUGAGGAUGGCACCCCUCAGCCGGGCAACAGCAAGGUGGAGGUGGUCUUCUGGCUGUUGUCCAUGUUGGCGACGCGCGACCAGGAGGAUACAGCGCGCACGCUACUGGCCAUGUCAAGCUCGCCCGAGAGCUGCGUGGCCAUGCGCCGCUCGGGCUGUCUGCCACUGCUGCUGCAAAUCCUCCACGGCACUGAGGCCGCGGCCGGGGGUCGCGCCGGGGCCCCCGGAGCACCGGGCGCCAAAGACGCACGCAUGCGCGCCAACGCAGCGCUGCACAACAUCGUCUUCUCGCAGCCGGACCAGGGCCUGGCGCGCAAGGAGAUGCGCGUCCUGCACGUGCUGGAGCAGAUCCGUGCCUACUGCGAGACCUGCUGGGACUGGCUGCAGGCCCGAGACGGGGCGCCCGAGGGAGGCGGCGUCAGCGGCGCCCCGGUCCCCAUCGAGCCGCAGAUCUGCCAGGCCACUUGUGCGGUUAUGAAGCUGUCCUUUGAUGAGGAGUACCGCCGUGCCAUGAACGAGCUAGGUGGGCUGCAGGCCGUGGCAGAGCUGCUGCAGGUUGACUAUGAGAUGCACAAGAUGACCCGGGACCCGCUGAACCUGGCGCUGCGCCGCUACGCGGGCAUGAUCCUCACCAACCUCACCUUUGGGGACGUUGCCAACAAGGCCACCCUGUGUGCGCGCCGGGGCUGCAUGGAGGCCAUCGUGGCCCAGCUGGCCUCGGACAGUGAGGAGCUCCACCAGGUGGUGUCCAGCAUCCUUCGGAACUUGUCCUGGAGGGCCGACAUCAACAGCAAGAAGGUGCUGAGGGAGGCGGGCAGCGUGACAGCCCUGGUGCAGUGUGUCCUGCGGGCCACCAAGGAGUCCACCCUGAAGAGUGUGCUGAGUGCCCUGUGGAAUCUGUCUGCACACAGCACGGAGAACAAGGCAGCCAUCUGCCAGGUGGAUGGCGCCCUGGGCUUCCUGGUGAGCACCCUGACCUACAAGUGCCAGAGCAACUCGCUGGCCAUCAUCGAGAGCGGCGGCGGCAUCCUCCGCAACGUGUCUAGCCUCAUCGCCACCCGUGAGGACUACAGGUCAGCCCCCACCCCCCUACCCGCACUCAGGCAGCUGCACUCGGGGCGGGCGCAGGGGAUCUGGGCUGGGCACUGUCCUCCUGUGAACGGAUGCUCCCACGGCUUUCCCCGUGGCUGCUAUUUGCAGGAUAAAUACAUCCCAAAUAUUGCGUGA